UUGGUGGGAGGGGCUUUCCUCAGAGACGUUAACUCGUUGGGGUUGGCGCCGCCGCCAUUUUGAAUUCGCUCGCUGGUGGUCUUGCUCAGUGGCCGCGGCGGCUCCGUGACCCCCCUCAGAGCGCGAGAGAGACCGAAACAUGGCAGCGAACAGCCGGAAUUUGAAACAAGUGCGGAUCGAAAACAGCUCCCCGGCGGCCCCGCUCGGCAUGGUGGGGGGCGGCGGCCUGAAGGGGAUGCGGGGCCUGGAGGCGGACAGCGAGGUAGGGGCCAUGGCGCUGGCGCAGGGCAAAGAGGCUGGCGACGAGGAGCAGGAGGUCGGGUUCACCAUCGACAUCAAGAGCUUCCUCAAGCCCGGCGAAAAGAGCUACACGCAGCGCUGCCGCCUCUUCGUGGGGAACCUGCCCACCGACAUCACCGAGGAGGACUUCAAGCGCCUCUUCGAGCGCUACGGGGAGCCCAGCGAGGUCUUUAUCAACCGCGACCGCGGCUUCGGCUUCAUCCGCCUGGAAUCUAGAACACUGGCUGAAAUAGCAAAGACAGAACUUGAUGGUACUAUUUUGAAGAGUAGACCACUUCGAAUUCGAUUUGCUACACAUGGAGCUGCCUUAACAGUCAAGAAUCUUUCACCUGUGGUUUCCAAUGAGCUUCUGGAACAAGCUUUUUCUCAAUUUGGUCCAGUGGAGAGGGCUGUUGUUGUAGUAGAUGACCGUGGCAGAGCUACAGGAAAAGGUUUUGUAGAGUUUGCAGCAAAACCUCCGGCAAGGAAGGCUCUAGAGAGAUGCAGUGAUGGGGCAUUCUUACUAACAACAACACCUCGACCUGUUGUUGUAGAACCUAUGGAACAAUUUGAUGAUGAAGAUGGGCUACCAGAGAAAUUAAUGCAAAAAACACAACAGUAUCAUAAGGAAAGAGAGCAGCCUCCACGUUUUGCUCAACCUGGAACAUUUGAAUUCGAGUAUGCUUCCAGAUGGAAGGCUCUUGAUGAGAUGGAGAAGCAGCAGCGAGAACAGGUUGACAGGAACAUUAGAGAAGCCAAAGAGAAACUAGAAGCGGAAAUGGAAGCAGCUAGACACGAACAUCAGUUAAUGCUGAUGAGGCAAGAUCUCAUGAGGCGCCAGGAAGAACUGAGACGUUUGGAAGAACUUAGAAAUCAAGAGUUACAGAAACGCAAGCAAAUACAAUUGAGACAUGAAGAAGAACAUCGACGUCGUGAAGAAGAGAUGCUACGCCAGAGAGAACAGGAAGAACUGAGACGUCAGCAGGAAGGAGGAUUUAAACCCAAUUUCUUGGACAAUCUUUGAAAACAUAAGCUUCCUUCACUUAUAUCCUAUCCUUUUCACUGUUCAGUUUUAAAGAAGGACCUAAAUGGUAAGUGUAAUAAUUACCAGAAUUGGAACCCGUCAUGCAAGGAUCUUGUAUCAGGCUAUCUUCAUUCAUUAGGUUACUUUCCAUAUCUUUAACUAUUUUUUCACUCUUAAACUUUGAUUUUCAAUAUGUUUGACCAAUUUUGAAAAGAGCACUUAGUUUGAAAAGAGUUUGAUUGCUAUUUUUAAUACACUCUACUAAUUGCAUUUGAUUCAGUUAUUAGUCAGUGUUUCUCAGUUUUUUUUAACUGACAAAAAUAUAAGCCAAACAACGUUUUCUAAUUUAAGCUUUAAGUCUUUGAAUGGUUGAUUUGGUCUGCUUCCUCAAAGAAGUAAUAUUGAAUUUACAAAAUUAGGAAUCUGCUUGCUCUCUGGCUUAAUGGAUGACCUUUUCCCAGGGUUGUCUAAGGAUUUACUUAAGUAAUUAGUGUUACCUGUAAUGCAGCGAGAGUUGCCCUUAAAUCCCGUUUUUUAUACUGUUUAGGGUUCUGGUUUCUUAAUGUCUAAAGCUUGGUGCUCACAGAAGUCUGCCUUUAUAGCUCAAAGAUCACUAUAUAUAUUCUAUACAAUUUUCAGUCGUUGAGUUUUGUUCUAAUUUAGUUUGGAAAUUGUUACCUUUUUCCUACUUAAUCUCUUGUGAUAACUGGCACUUUGUAUAAAUACUGUUCCUUGCUAGAAGGGGAACUUGUCUACAGUGGAUAACAAAUGCAGCAUUUUAUUUAUUAGCCACAUAAAUAUUUGCUUUUUAAUGUGAUAUUUCUUACUCUUGAGCACAAAUAACUUCAAAAGUUAUACUUUUUUCAUAGAUAUUAAGGUCAGAAGGGACCAUUAUGAUCAUCUAGUCUGACCUCCUGCACAAUGCUUAGUAAAGCUAUUCAAAUUGCAUAAUGUUUAAAAACCUCUCAGUUGGAUGCUAAAGGGAACGUUGUGUGCAUGUGUAUCAACACCAUUUCCCCAAAUGUUAAUUUCAGUGCUUAGAAUCUGUUCUUUUAAUUCACUUUCUUCUUUGGGUGGCAGACGUGGAGAUCAUCAUUCUGAACCAGUACUAACAAAAAUAUUGAGCUUUCUGGGCAGGUCUACCAAAAAUAGGCAGAAUAUGCAGGAAUUGUGUUCUUAGAGAGAUGGUUCUGCAGCAGCAACGUAAGAAAAAGUAUGUAUAAGAAGAUCAAAUGGAGUAUUGUAACCUGAUAAAACACUAGUUACAAGGAUUGAACAGUGCCAUCACACUUAAGAUCUAUGUACUGAUCUUUAAAAGAGGAAAUCAUGGUAUAGACUUUAGUGUUUUUGAAAAUUUUACCCCAAGUUCCGUUUUCAAAAGUGACACAGGCAUUUAACUGAAUGUCAUAGAAAGUCAAUGGGAUUUAGGCUCCUAAGUCACUUACUCUUCUAAGAAUUUUGCCCCUUGGUCUUUUAAAUAAUUGUUAGUUGUAGAUGUUUAGUUGACUUCACAUUUGUUUUCUUAUCUGAACAGUGGGGCUGCUACUUAUGUUCCAUAGGCUUCAGAGUAAGGAACCCGCCACAGUAGAGGUUGCAUGAAUAGAAGUGUGUCUAGUAGCUUCAAAACACAGAAGUCCUAAAAGAGCUGGGAGCAGAACAGAGAAAAAGAACUUAGAGUGCCAUCCUCUCCUCUUCUUCCCCUCCCCCACAAACAAAUGGUGGUGAGUGGUUUUUUUUAAGGAUUUUUUCCUUCCAAUUCCAUUCCAAAACUGAGUAGGGGAAAAACUUGUUUCCUCAUUUCUUUUCUCUCUUGAAGGUUCUGCUGUUGUGGCUGGCCUUGUCUCAUGCUGAUGUACAAAUAAACACCAGUAAUAAGCAUGAGUUCUACUUGUGAUGAAAUAGAAAAGGAGAGGGUCAGCUGAGGGCCCCUAAACAGGAAAAACAGGAUUGGUCAAUUACACACCCUGGCCUUUGUUUU